AUGCACAAAACUGGUGCGACACGUUACCAAAAAUUUUUAAAAGCUGAAAAAGCUAAAACAAAACUAAAAGGAAAAAAAGAUAAAGAGCUUCCUAAAGGUACAAAUGUUACGAAGACAAACUUUAAAGUAAAAAAAAUCGUAAUCAAAGAGCAACUUAAAAAACAUCUUCAAUCAGAGGCUCUCACAAGCAGGAAACUAAAUAUUAAAGAAUUGUUAUCUCGACUAAAUCAUUUCAAUACCAAAUCUAGGACAGAUGCUCUUGAUGGCUUAAAAGAAAUAAUUACUUCAUUUCCGGAAGUUUUAGAGAGAAACUUAGGACAACUGCUUCUUAAUGUAACUCCAUUAGUUCUAAACAUUGAGAAACUGGUACGGCAGGGUUCUUUGAAGGUUCUUCAUUUGAUACUAUCAAAUGUAUCCUCGGAGAAGAUAGAACCUUUUUUUGAUAUCAUGUCUACAUACUUGAGAAGCGCCAUGACACAUAUUGAUAGUAGAAUCCAAGAAGACUCAUUAUUUUUCUUGGACAUACUUUUAUUAUGUGCUCCAUCAAAAGUAGCUCAAGAUUUUCAUAAAAUAAUACCAAACUUCCUUGAUAUGAUUUCGAAAUUAAGAGUGGAUUCCAAGCCUGGAAGAACAUUGACUGUCAAUUUAAAUAGUCAAAUAACUACUGUGAAAUGGAGGGUCAAAGUUUUCCAGCGUUUACAAGAAUUCUUACAAAAGUAUGAACUUGAAUGUUUCAGCCAUAAGGAAUCACAAAUUUCAAGUAACAAGACGCACAAGGUUGACUUAAGAAAGAAAAAUUAUUACACAUUGUUUAAUCCUAUUUAUACUUCUAACUGUUAUAUAUCCUGUUAUUCAGCUAAAGCUGAAAAUGAACAAGAGAUAGAUGAAGUGGAGAAGUUUAAAGAAUAUGUUGGAACAUUGACCCCAUUACUUUAUGAUACAUGGCUUGAGGCUGCCCCAAGUUCAAAGUCAAAUUCAAACUUUGAAACUGUUAUUAAUGAAGAAACAGCCUUACUUUUGAAAUAUAUUCUUGGGACAUUUAAAGUACUUGGAAGCAUACUAGAGUACUUAAACAAGAAAUGUCCAAGUUCUAAUAUAAAAAACCUCUACUUCCAAAAAAUCAGUGGACCCUACAGCCAGCAUUUUGUUAGUUCAUUUCCAUAUGUAACAAACAUAAGAUCAAAGCAAACAUCUUCUGAAGACUCAAUAUCAGACCCAAAACUAGUCACAGAAAAUCUAGAAAUUUGCAAGCUUUUCAUUAUGUUUAAUCCUAAAGUCAGUAUGAAACACCAGGAGAAAGAAAUAAAAGCUGUUAUAAAUUACAUUGAAAAAAUAUUCAAUAAAAAUCAUGAAGGUAAUAUCAAUGACACUGUAAUAAAGUUAUUGGAUUUAUUAUUUUCCAAUGAAAUCACUGGUUGGACCAAAGAUACUUUGGUAUUAGACAAUUUGUUUGAUAAUAUUCUAGUUGCUUAUUCUAACAAAACUAAUGAGGACUUUGGUAAACAAAAAGUAUUUACUUUAUUAUGUAAAAUAGCUCUAAAUGAAAAGUUAUCUCAUUUUCAUUCCAAUGAAAAUUUCAAGGUAUGGCUUCAGAGUUUACCAAAUAUUUUACUGAGUAAACAACUAUCAGUUCAAACUAUUGAUAUGUUACACAAGUUUGCUGUCACCAACAACAAAAUGUUUAAUGCAGUUAUAAAAUCCAAACUUCUGACAAUAAUAAAAAAUCUUCCACAAAUUGAAAUCACAGAUUCAACUGUUGACAGCAAUGGUUACCACAAAUUGUUAUCAAUCUUUUACUGGGUGAAGGUGUGGGAUACAGAAUCAUUGAAUCAUUUAGAGAUGCAGUUAAUGGAAAAUGUUUACAAACCAGAUCAUGUGAAAUAUAUAUUUGAUACUCUUAGAUUAAGGAGUGGUGGACUUGUGUAA